ACAAAAACAGCUUCGCCUUUCACAUGUCAGCUCUUCCCCUUCUUAUCGCCUUUCAUUGCUCAUUGCUCUUCUACUCCUCUGCUCCUCUGCUCUCCUCCGCCUGGAGCUCACGCUGUUACCGGAUAUCUACCGUUUCUCCUUUCUUCUACGCCUGUUUUUGUUUUUGUUGUUUUCAAACAACUCCGGGAUGACCGUUGUACAACUUUUUUUUUUAAAAAAAGAGUGUGUAAUUCAAACAGGGGAAAACAUGGAGGUCUGUUUUUGAGUGUAUUAUCGGUGAGUGGAAUGAAACGCAGCGGCUCUUCGCUCUGGUCUCACAAAGGAGCGGUGGUUUCCUCGGGUGUCUGUCAGCGGGCUAACACCGGAGUCCGGUCACAUCACCGGGCACCGAGCGGCGACAAUAACCGCCUGUAGCCGUUCCAAGUCCUCUGUGAAGGAGGGGGAAACCCAGCGAAGCCACCACCACCACCACCACCAAUACCACCAUGGCGGGCCACGGCUGUAGCAAAGAUGACUUACAGGACUAUGCGGUAGAGAACCGCACAGACUCAGGCAUUGACUCGUACCGCUCCAUUCUGAAGUCGGAGGAGCCCCGGGAGAGUGGCGACAUCAGCGGGCCCAGGGAGAAGUUCUCCACGGUGGAGGAGCGGCUGGACUCAGCCUAUGGCUCCUCGUCCAUCACCGGGGAGAGUCUGUCGGAGCUGGUGGACAGCUGCACCAUCUCCAGCGGUCAGGAGGAGCAGGAGACACCGAGCUGUGAACUGUCCGAGCAGGAGGAGAACCUGCUCACUACUAUCACUGAGGAGGGGGACACAUUCCUGCACUUAGCAAUCAUCCAUGAAGACGAUCUCAUCACUCAGCACUUGAUAGACCUUUUCCCAAAAGAAGUCUUGGACAUCCAGAACAACUUAUACCAGAGUCCCUUGCACCUGGCCACCUACCUGAACCUGAUAGAUGUGGUGAAGAGUCUGGUCUGGAAGGGAGCCAGUCUGGAGCUGCAGGACCGGGAUGGGAACACGGCGCUCCAUGUUGCCUGUCAGCAUGGACAAAACGAGUGUGCCAACGAGAUGACCUGGAAUGUUUCUCCCAGCAAGCUGGCACCAGUCCUGGAAAUCCAGAACUGGAGAGGUCUUGCCUGUCUUCACUUGGCUGCUCUGAACAGGCAACAUCUGAUUAUGACGCUCCUGAUGAAAAAGGGAGCUGACCUGAAUAUCCAGGAGGGAACCAGCGGGAAAACGGCUCUCCACCUCGCCGUCGAGCUGCACGACAUUGCGUCGGUGAAGCUGCUGCUCAGCAGGGGGGCCAACGUGGACGCCGCCAUGUUCAACGGCUGCACGCCCCUGCAUCUGGCAGUGGGAAGACAGGACGCCGCCAUCGCUAACCUCCUCUGCCAGGCCGGUGCCGACACGAUGCUGCGAAACAUGGAGGACGAGACGGCACUGGAUCUAGCUGACGGCAAUGAUGACAUUCUGGCUCUGUUUCCUUUCGAUGACAUCCAGAUCUCUGGGAGGUCAGUGGUUGGUGUGAAGUUCUGAGCUGAACAACAAUCUUUAAAAUGAUCUAGAGCUUUACUGUGGCUGGAAUUGAUUUUUUUUUUUUUUUCUCGCUGAGGUCGUUAUUAAAUAGUGGCUCUAUUCUUAGUACCCUCUGAUUUGAUCCUUAUUUAUCUAUUGUGUAGACAAAUUCGCACAUCAUUUAAAUCUCCAAAUCCCUCUGGCAAAGUGUGAUUCUGCUUAAUUGAUCACUGAUUUUUAAAUCAGUCACUGGCUCGAUUGUUUUGCUUUUUUUUUGCUCGCCUCUGUGGGAGUGGGGUUGUUCUCCUCACCUGACUGAGUGCCAAACUUUCUAUCGUUCAGCAUCAAUAAAACAAAAAAAUUCUACCUCUUCGUCAUAUGAAUCUAGCUUAAUUGCUAGAAAAGGAACAUGCAAAUCACUUUGUUUUAAAGUUUCUAAAACUUAAUCUCUGCUAUAUAACUUCCUUUGUAUUUCAGCGGAAGUGUGUUUUUCCUGUUUUUAAGUUUUAAAAAAAUAAAUAAAAUGCGUUCUUUCAUGCAGUCGAGGCCUGUAAUCCAAAGAAGACUUAACCAAUAACAACCCUGCUUUUUGAUAGGAAACUGAUAACCUAUAUAGAAAUGUAAUAUAAUACACAAAAUGCAGCUUCAUCUUUUUUGGAUUAUUUU